CAUUGGGCGCCGAUCGCCGUGAUCGAUUCUGCGCAGAUCUGGCUCAUCUCGAACGAGCCUAGUGACUUUUCUCCAUUUCUCUAGUCUCUGUCCUUUUAAGAGGCGGCGGAAGUGUACGGAUCCUAGAGGAAGUGGAGCUUGACAGGCUCAAUCAUGUCUAUGGGCUCAACCCCCCUCGUGUUUACGGAUGUGUUAGAAAUUCAAGAGAUUCACAAUUAUUACAUAGAGUACUUUUUUAUUACUUUCAUAUUCAUGUUCUUACGCUUAUAAAGUUGUUUCACCUUGAUUAAAAACACGAAAGCUACCGGUAUGUUUUGUGAGACUGGAGGAUACGAGAAGGAACCUGGCAACACAAGCUGUCAUUUCUCCGGCGCGGGAAAAUCGUAAACAACACACAGCGGAAGAAAGCCCUUUAAUACAAUUUUCCAACAUGAUAGUUAGCUAGCUAGCUAUGUCCUACACAUGUAACCCUUUGUCUGUUUGAGUCGCUAUAACUUUUAUUAUAGACGAAGAAGAAGCUAAAGUAACUCACGGUUACUAAAAAUCAAGGGUUUCGCUGCUAAAUCCUGAAAAACGCCAGCAAUAAUGUCGCGAUAAUAACGUUAAGUUAGCUAGCUAGCUAACGUUAUCGUGUUGCUGUAACGGAAGCUGUCGCCCGACAGGCGUUAUGCUCUAACGUUAAAUGAUGUAAGUUAUGCAAUACAUUAAAGUUAGAUCAUUCUGACAGGUAACGUUAAGACGUAUCGGCCCUGUAGUUGGCGUUAGCAUGGAUCGAUACAACGAUGUGAAACUUCAGCUGAAAAGCUGGGAGCAGGGGUUCUUCAAAGACCACCAGAGGAAACCAAACAAGGAGGACAUUGAUCAAGCUCCAGAGGAGACCAGGAAGCUGUAUAAAGAGUACCGCAGUUUGAAACAAGCAAAAGAAAACAGCAACAGUGAUGCAGCCAGCGGUCAUGCUGAACAGCCCAGAUCUACAGCUGAGGUCAUAACAGUCCAGAAGGACGGGGACUGUUGGGGUGCCCAUCUAAACCGCAGUUCACAGCCGGCAUCUUCUCCCAGACUGACAUCCGAGGAAAAAGAGAGUCUUAAGGCCUCUGCUCAAUACUAUGGUCUAAAGCUUAAAAACAACCUGGUGACACUCAGUAAGGAAAGACCUGUCUCACUGAGGAAAUCGGUCCUUCCCGGUCGAUUGCCUCUAAACUCCUUGAAAGAUCGACAAACUGGACAGACAAACAGCCCUGUUGCGUCCACUGUCAAAACCACUUUCACUGACCCUGAAUCCAUCCCUUACACACCAAGAAGAUUUAAGACUUUCCUGGGAUCCCUGGCUUCAAAGACACCUCAGAAAGUGGAGCCUGAAGAGCCGUUUGAAUCAUUUGAACCUGUCAGAGAGUCUUGUGAAGAGCCUGCAAGUGCUGCCAGUAAUAGUAGUAGUACUAGUAAAGUUAUUAGUUCAGAAAAUCUAAAUGUCUCAAGUGUAGCUCCCUCUCCAGCCAGAUCUUCUGCCUUGUUGUCAUCAUUAUCUUCUCCAUGUAGAGUAGGAACUUCAAGAGGAGAUGUAGGAGCCACAGGAAAGUUAAAUGAAAGUAUAGGAGCUUCAGGAGACAGAAAACAACAUGUUGAAACUUUAGUAACCCCACAUAAGGGUAUUAGUGAUGCAGAUGUUGGAACUUUGAUUAGCUUGAGAGGAAGCCCUCGGGUUCUUGGAGGUUUCAGAGGAGGAAUGGGAAGUAGAGGCAUUGGAGUAAGGGCUUCUCCUGCCAGCAGACUGAGUUUUGUCGACAGGAACUGGCUAGAGAGGUGUCAGGUGUUUGGAGAGAUGGGGGCUGAGGUGAAGCCUGGAGCAGGCAACCAGGAGAUAAAUCUGGAGAAAGAGGUAGGAAGAGAAACGGAAGGGAAAAUACAAGGAGAUGAAAAAGUUGAAAAAGAAGAAAUAGAUGCAGAGGGAGAAAGCAGAGAGGCAAUAGUCUUGGGAAGCGAUACAGUGCUUAAGAGCAUUACAAGUGACAAAACAGUCAUUGAUAGUGCACCGAAACCUUCUCUACAACACACUGGAAAAAGCAGAGGAGGAGGGAACGAAAAAGCGAAAAGGAAGGAAGGUGAGGAGAUGGAAAGAGGACUGUCGCCACCUUUAACGCCAGAAGACGGCACAGAGACCAGUCACAAAUCCAAAGGUACAAAGAAGAAAGGGAGGAAAAGGCAGAGAGUGGAAGAGAAUGUGCAGGGAGAGACAACAGAGGAGGGAGGAGUGAAGAAGAGACGUAGGAAUGGCAAAAAGAAAGAGGAGAGCUCUGAUGUAAACCCCAGCCCAGCUCAAGUAGGAAGGAAGAAAAGGAGAACCAAGAAAAAGGGAGAUGAAGAUGCAGAGGCAGAAGAAGAGAAAGAAACCAAGGAACCCAAAAAGGUCCCUCAGGAGAACUUGUUUGGUGAAAUAGAUGAGGAAUUGGAAGCCAAGAGAAUGUAUCACAGCCAGCCUGUCAGAGCCAGAGGCAUGAAAGCCACAGAGGGUAACUUUGUGAAGAUAAAUCUGAAGAAGAAAUCUCAUGUCAAAGGAUACGCACUCAGAGGUGCUGGUCUACGCAAACAGAUGUACAUGCAGAAGUUCCAGCUGAAAGGCGAGCGGUUUGGUGGAGCCGGAGGAUUUUUUGGCAGAGGAAGGAGGGGAGGAUUCAGAGGGGGGCUCAGUCGCCAGGGUGACACCUGCUACAAGUGUGGAGGGACCGGACACUGGGCCAUGGACUGCAAGGGACGAGCCCCUCCCCCUCCUGUUCCUGAGGACCAGCCUGCUGAGGAAGAGCUGUUUGAACUGCCCACCCUGGAGGAGGUUGCCAGGGCAACAGGCACACUGCAACCUCAGCCACUGGUGGCACCUCUCAGUAUCACAGAGGAGCAGCCGAACCAAGAUAAGGAGGCGGACAGUAACCAUAAAGAUGAGGUGUUGCUGAAUGUAAUCCGUCCUGACUAUGAGCGCCCUGCUCCUCCACCACCAGUGGAACCACUUUAUCAUCUCACAGACGAUGGGAAAGUCCAGGAAACACCUGCUGAGGUGUACGCAGCUCUGAAAGACAUCGGCUACCAGUCAUUUAGACCAGGACAAGAGGAAGCCAUCAUGAGAAUCCUGUCAGGUCUCUCUACCCUCGUAGUGUUGUCAACAGGGAUGGGUAAAUCAUUGUGCUAUCAGCUCCCAGCCUUCCUGUACGCUAAGCGAUCAAAAAGCAUCACUUUGGUCAUUUCACCUCUAGUGUCACUAAUGGACGAUCAGCUGUCUGGCCUACCAGCCAAUCUGAAGGCAGCAUGUAUCCACUCCAACAUGACAAUGAAACAGAGAGAAGCUGCCAUAGAAAAGGUGAAGUCAGGCGAGGUGUGUGUGUUGCUCCUCUCUCCAGAGGCUCUGGUCGGUGGAGGUGGUUCAGGGUCAGGGUGUCUGCCCUCCGCUCAGGAGCUCCCUCCUGUGGCCUUCGCCUGUAUAGAUGAAGCUCAUUGUGUCUCAGAGUGGUCACACAACUUUAGACCCUGCUACCUGAGACUCUGUAAGGUACUACGGGAGCGGUUGGGAGUGCAGUGCUUGCUGGGACUCACAGCUACGGCCACACUGUCCACUGCUCUGGACAUUGCGCGACAUCUGGACAUCACUGAUGAAGACGGCAUCGCAGUUCGAUCUGCAGCAGUACCUCCUAACCUGCAUCUGUCCGUGUCCAUGGAUAGAGAAAAAGAUCAGGCUUUAGUGUCCUUGUUGAAAGGUGAUCGUUUUGGUUGUCUGGACUCCGUCAUCGUCUACUGCACCAGAAGAGAGGAGACAACUCGUGUGGCGGCGCUGCUCCGGACCUGCCUGCAGGGGGUGCUGGUGAAAGAAAACAAGCACACCAACAGCAGCAGACGGAUACAUGACAACCCCGUAGGACAGAAAAAGAAAGCGCUGGCACGGAAGAAGAUUCGUAAACCGCUGAAAUGGCAGGCGGAGUCGUACCAUGCAGGCUUGUCAGCGUCUGAGCGCCGUCGUGUCCAGAACAACUUCAUGUGCGGGGAGCUCAGAAUCGUGGUGGCCACUGUGGCUUUUGGCAUGGGCCUCGAUAAAUCUGACGUCCGCGGGAUCAUACACUACAACAUGCCUAAGAGCUUUGAGAGCUACGUUCAGGAGAUUGGGAGGGCAGGAAGAGAUGGAGACCCAGCGCACUGUCACCUCUUUCUGGACCCUGAGGGUGCCGACCUCCAUGAGCUGCGUCGCCACAUCUAUGCCGACACAGUGGACUACUACACAGUAAAAAAACUGGUCCAGAAAGUUUUUCCUCCAUGCAAAUGUAAACAGAUACACCACAGACAACAGGAACUUGUAAAGGACAUUGAGGAUUCGGAGCUUCUGGAAAUGAUGGAUGUGUGUGAUCAGGAGAACCUAAACCCUCCCACUCAGCAGGACAUAGUACAUACAGACACACCAGUAACCGCACAGGAGUCGUCCCAUCCCGAUGCAGCGGAGCUACCCCUCCAUGAAGGUAGAGAUGAAGAAAAGGAAGAGGAGGAGAGGAAAGAGGAGCAGACAGUCGAGUACGAGGAAGCUGACGGUUCGAUAAAGCACAGGAACGUGGAGGCGAAAGGAGCCGGUGAUUGGCUAAUGGACCAGGAAGAGGAGCGCAGUCAAUGGCCCAGAGAGCGAGUGUGUCACACGCAUGAAAGAGCGAUUCCCAUCCAAGAAACUGUGGAGGCUCUGGACAUCACAGAGGAAGGUGUAGAAACGCUGCUCUGCUAUCUGGAGCUGCAUCCUCAGCGCUUUGUCGAACUUCUCCACCCCACGCUGUCUGUGUGUAAAGCCAGCUGCUAUGGCGGACCAAGACAGCUGCAGAAAAUCAUUAAACUUUGCCCUCCGAUUGCUGUGGUGUUGGCCAGAAAGCGGAUGGCGGGCGAGCGGGUGGAGACGUGUGAUCAGCUGGAGUUUGAUGUCGUCGAGGUUGCGGACACUAUGGGAUGGCAGCUUCCUCUUGUGAAGAGAGGACUCAGACAGCUGCAGUGGAGCAGUGUUGGCGGACGUAGCGGUGUCCACAUUGAAUUCUCCUCCUUGUCUUUCUACUUCCGUUCCUUUGGUGACCUUAGCGACGAGGAGAUGGACAGAGUUUGUCAGUUCCUCCACAAUCGAGUGCAGAACCAAGAGAGAACGCAGCUCUACCAGCUGACCGCCUGCUUCAAGGCCUUCAAAAGUGUUGCGUUCCAGAGUGCAUCGUCCUGUCUCGAAGAUUUGGAUGAGAGUCGCAGCCUGAAGCUAAAAGACCUUCUCUCGGAGUACUUCGACAAGAGGCGAGACCGAAGCCACAUGCUCGCACCAGUGGACAUCGAGGAGCUUGACAAAUAUAAGUUGUUAGACUGGGAGAAUCAGAUUAGAGCGGACAUCAGAAGUUUUCUUUCCAACCGAAGUGAUGAGAAGUUCUCUGGGAGAGCUGUUGCUAGAAUCUUGCACGGCAUAGCCAGUCCUUGUUAUCCUGCUCAAACCUACGGCAGGGACAGACGCUACUGGAGGAAGUACAUCCAGUUUGACUUCAACCAGCUCAUCAAACUGGCCACUCAGGAGAUCAUUCGCUUCAAGUGAGCGACCAAAUGUGCACGCACGUGCACGUACACAGCUCUGCACACAUGCACUUACCCGCUCGCUCAUACGCUUGAAGUUAUUUUUGUUUGUUAUAUCACUGUUAUUCCAUCAUGUUGAAUUGUUUAAUAUGUGUAGUUUUCUACAAUGUAUAGUUUUCUACAUAUAGUAUACAUACACUUUUUUGACUUUGUAGAUUGUAAUUUAAAAAUAAAGCUUUUCUGUUUUUCUA